GAGGCACAUCGGGCUGGACUCCGGGCAGAGGCACAUCGGGCAGGACUCCGGGCAGAGGCACAUCGGGCUGGACUCCGGGCAGAGGCACAUCGGGCUGGACUCCGGGCAGAGGCACAUCGGGCUGGACUCCGGGCAGAGGCACAUCGGGCUGGACUCCGGGCAGAGGCACAUCGGAUCACCAGGCGGAGCAGCAGGCACCGGGCCACCAGGCAGAGCAGCAGGCACUGGGCCACCAGGCGGAGCAGCAGGCACCGGGCCACCAGGCGGAGCGGCAGGCACUGGGCCACCAGGCGGGGUGACAGGCAUCGGGCCCCCGGGCGGAGCGACAGGUCUCGGGCCCCCAGGCGGAGCGGCGGGCGCCGGACCCCCAGGCGGAGCGACAGGCCCCCAGGCGGAGCGGUAGGCGCCGGACCCCCAGGCGGAGCGACAGGUCUCGGGCCCCCAGGCGGAGCGGCGGGCGCC